AUGCCUAGUCUUAUGCUUCUAAGUCUCACACUCGCCGUUCUUUUAGGCUUCACUUUUGUUCUCUCUGCAGCUGAGCUUCAGCGAUUCGAACAUGCAGCCAAAGCCGAUGGGUCUCUAAGACUUUUGGUUGUUGGAGACUGGGGAAGAAGAGGAGCUUAUAACCAAACCGAAGUUGCUCUUCAGAUGGGAAUAAUUGGAGAGAAAUUGGACAUUGAUUUUAUAAUCUCAACUGGAGAUAAUUUUUACGAUGCUGGAUUAACGGGUGUGGAUGAUCCAGCUUUUUAUGAAUCGUUCAUCGAAAUUUACACAGCUCCUAGCCUGCAAAAGCAAUGGUACAAUGUGCUGGGAAACCAUGACUAUAGGGGUAACGUGGAGGCACAAAUGAGUCCAGUUCUUAGAGAAAUAGACAGCAGAUGGCUUUGCUUAAGAUCAUUUAUCGUCAACACCGAAAUGGCAGAUUUUUUCUUCGUAGACACAACUCCUUUUGUCGAUAAAUACUUCAAUGAGCCAAAGGACCACGAGUAUGAUUGGAGUGGCAUCACACCCAGAAAAAGAUACCUUUCCAAUCUCUUGAAGGAUUUGGACUUGGCAUUGAAAGAAUCCGCUGCAAAAUGGAAGAUUGUGAUCGGUCACCAUACAAUUAAAAGUGCAGGAAUUCAUGGUGUCACUCUUGAGCUCAAUUUGCAACUCCUCCCAAUCCUGCAGGCAAAUAAAGUUGAUCUUUACAUAAAUGGACAUGACCAUUGCUUGGAACACAUAAGUAGCAGCGACAGCCCGCUUCAAUUUUUGACAAGUGGCGGUGGGUCAAAAGCAUGGAGGGGCGGUGUGUCCUGGUGGAAUCCAAAGGAAAUGAAGUUCUAUUAUGAUGGGCAAGGUUUCAUGUCGGUCCAAAUUACACAAACUGAAGUUUUUGUUGUGUUCUAUGAUGUUUCUGGAAACGUUUUGCACCAAUGGAGCAGGACUAAACAGCUAUCCUUCGCAGUACAGUAG